CAGGCAGGACAAGCCAUCAAACGACCAAACCGCGCGCCGCCGCCGCCGCAGCAGCAGCUUCUACCUCCAUACCUGCUCUGCUAUCCAUUCCCACCAUGGAGGCGCCGCUGCACCAGUUCCCCGUCCCGCCACCGCUGCCGCAGGACGCGUUGCUGCGGCAGCAGGCGGUGGCGGCGCGCGCGCUGAUGGUGGCCGCCACCGCCGGAAACAAGGCGGCGGGGCGGGAGCAGUGCCCGCGGUGCGCGUCGCGGGACACCAAGUUCUGCUACUACAACAACUACAACACGGCGCAGCCGCGGCAUUUCUGCCGCGCGUGCCGCCGCUACUGGACGCUCGGAGGGUCCCUCCGCAACGUCCCCGUGGGCGGGUCCACGCGCAAGCGCCCGCGCCCGCGCCCCGCGCGCCACACCCGGGCCAUGGCCGCCGCCGCAUUCGGCGCCGCUGCCAUGGCCACGCCUUCAACAACGACGACUGCCUCGGACGGCGGCAGCCCGUUCGCCUCACCAGCAACGUUCCAGGGCGUGGGAGGAGGCGGCGGCCUCCUCCUCAGCUCGCUGCUGCUAGGCUCGGUGUCUGCGUCGUCGUCGGCGUCACCGCUGCUCGCGCUCGGCGCAGCGCCGUUGCUGGAAGGCCGACUCGGCUUCGACCUCGGUUUCGGGGACGCAGCUCUAGGCGGCGGCGGCGGCGGGGGGGCACAUGCUGCCGACUUGCCUCACCACCACCAGCUGCCGCUGGGCGGCGGGCCGCCGCUUCUUCCGUGGCCCGCAGCGACGACGAGGAUCUUGGAGGGCGACCGCGCGGAGACGACGACCGUGUUCCCCUUCCCGCCGGCAGGCGCGGUGUGGCAGGAGCUCGCCGCGACGGCGCCGGUGGUGGAGGCCGCCGGGCUGCACCACGGCGGCGCCCCGCACCUGCUCCUGUGA